AUGGAUGAAUCAGCAGUUUCAACCCCCUCUAGUUCAAAUGCAUCAUUAUCAAAUAAGAGAAGGAAAUCAAUAGUAUGGAGUCAUUUUACAAUUCAGCAAGUAGAAUUAAACGGUGCUAAAAUCAACAAAGCCAUUUGCAAUUACUGUAAAAAGCAUUAUUCAUGUAGUUCAGGUGGUGGUACUGGUCAUUUGAAUAGGCAUUGGAAAAAAUGUUCACCUAGACAUCAUGGUAUUAUGAACCCUAAUGAUCCUAACAUUCAUUAUUCUCCAACCCCUUUGACCAUUGAGGGUUCAGUUAUUAGGCCUAUCCCUGUCCAGUUACCAACCCCAGCUAAAAGUACCCCAGGGCCAAGUAGGUUAGUGUCUCAUGACGCUAUACAGCCUCGUAUCGAUGCCGGUCCUGUGGAUCCGGGGUUUAUGUAUGAUCAAGGUAGAAUGAGAGAGGGUUUAGCUGUUUAUGUGUCUGCAGCUGAACAGCCUUUUACUUUCGGCCAAGACCGCAGGUUCGAGUAUUUUAUGAGAAAUUAUUGUCAGCCAGGGUUUAGUAAAGUGCCGAAAGGGGUUGUUAAAAAUGAUGCAUUGGAGAUUUUUAAAAUGCAGAAGCGGGGUUUGAUUUCUGAGUUUGCUAAUCAUAAUGGUGUUAUUUCAUUUACUUCUGAUAUGUGGACUAGCAGUAAUUACAAAUUGGGUUAUCUUUCGCUUACUGCGCAUUACAUUAGUUCUGAUACUUGGUUUUUGAAUAAGAAGAUUAUUGGUUUUCGUAUGCUGGAGUAUCCUCAUUCUGAUCAGCACAUGUAUCAGAGUAUACUGAAUAUCCUGAAUGAGUAUGGGAUUGUUGAUAAAUGUUUCAGUAUUACUUUCGAUAACUACAGUGCUAAUAGCAGUGCAACUGAUUUCUUUAAGCAUAAUUUUCAUCCCCCAUACGAAGGCUUGUUGUUUCAUAUUAGAUGUUUGUGUCAUACUAUCAAUUUGAUUGUGCAAGAUGGUAUUAAGCUAAUUGAUGAAGAUCCUGAAAAGAAUUAUAUUGAAAAAAUUAGAGACUCGUUGAUUUUUAUAAUAUCGUCACCUUCUAGAUUACAAGAGUUUGAUGAACUUUGCAAAAUGAAUGAUUUGAAGCCUAGGCGUUUCAAAAUGGAUACUCCGACCCGCUGGAAUUCGACUUAUCUGAUGUUGAAGUCUUGUCAGGGUUAUGAGCUAUUGAUUAAGGAAUUUAAUUCCAAGUAUAACCAUGUGUUUUUAGUAGACAGGGAUUUCGAAUGUGCUUUCACUUUUAUGCAAUUGUUAGAAGUUUUCUAUGAUGCUAUCAAGAUAUUAGCCGAUGUUUAUUAUCCUACUUCAUCGAUUGCUUUGAAUCAAUUGUAUAACAUCUCUAACGCUUUUGUUGAGUGUAGAAGGUAUUCGACUUAUGCAACCAUUUUCGCCAAAAUGGAACAAAGGUUUAAAACAUAUUGUGAACAUAUUCCACCUAUUUUCCUCUUGUCUUCUGUUAUGGAUCCUAGGAAAAAGUUACUUGGUACAGAAGCACUAAUCGAAGGGAUUUCAGAGAAGUUGAACAUUCAUUUGCAUAACACUUCUGAUAGCAUUAAGAGCAUGUUAAGUACUUUGUAUAAUUCAUAUGAACAAAGUCAUGGCAACCCAUCGCACGGAUCAGCUAUGGCGGCAUCACCACACACUAUAAGAAAGAAUGAUGCAUCUUGGAAUUUGAUUGCUAGUAAAGGUAAACAGAAAAGCACAAGUUCUUCUGCCUUGGCGCAUACUGACCUGUACAAGUAUCUGGAUACUGAGUUUACUGAUUUCAUUACUGAUCAAGAAGAUGAAGCGAAUUUCGAUCUUUUGUCAUGGUGGAGAAAGUAUUGUGGGAAUUUUCCGAUUCUAUCUAUCAUGGCGCGGGAUCUGUUAACGCCUCCAGUUUCUACAGUUGCUUCAGGUGUUGCUUUCAGUGCAAGUGGCAGUGUUUUGGAUGAGAAGAAGACGAAGUUAAGUGCUGAAAUGUUAGAUGCACAGGUUUGCUUGAAAGAUUGGGACGACGCAAAGUUCAGAGAUCAGAAUUUCAUGGAUGAAGAAUCUUCCGACUCUGAUGCAGUUGGUGCACCACCAGGAUACUAA